AUGCCUGUCUCAGAGUGUGCGGAUUGUUUUCAUCCUCCCAGGUGGGUGCUCACUGAGACCAACGGGUCUCGUGUGCUAACUUCCUUCCCUGCCGUGGACUGUCAAUGUCGCAGAGAUGGAGCGGUCACUCUCAACAUCGACGUUUUCCGAGCCGUUCUUUCUUUCCUCUCAACCUCAGAGCUCAUCGGAGUCUCUCAAUCCUCGCAUCUCUUCCAUGAAGAAGCCUGGAAAGAAAUGCUUUCGCGACCUGUGUUCCUCAACAGCCACAAGCAGUUCGCAUCAUUUCACCACUUCCUCGCAAACGGAGAUCCCGUACGAUACUGCUUCCUUCGCGUUCUGUCCUUGUAUAACAUCGUUGCGGCUACCGAUAACAUGGUCCAAUGGUCCGUCGAUGCACUCACGCAAAUCAUUCGCUCAUCCAUACACCUCGAGAAGCUGGACAUCCUGGGAUGUGAAAAACUACUCUUCUCCAGGCCACAGCCAGACUUCGUGUCGUCUAUUGCUUCGCUCCGCCAUCUUCGCCAUAUCCUCUGCUCGUCACAUGUCAAGGAAACACAUCCCCAUGCGCUUGAACUACUACAUAAUCUCCCACAGCACACACUGAAAUCGUUGCAGUUCAAUCACUUCCCAGACAUGAUCAACCUCCUUACUGCCGACUUCCUCAACCUUCUGGCGCAGCGCCAGCCACAACUCGAAGACGUGUCCCUCACGUAUCCGUCCAUCGUAAAGGGUACCUGGAAACCGUUCGCAAACGUAACAGUCCUAAAGAUCACCAUCGCAGACGGCUGGAUCCACCUACCUCAACUCGUCGAGAUGUUCCCUCGUGCCAUGGAGGUCUGUGCCUCCUCCCUUACGCGUAUGUUUACGGACCCGAACCCCGCACCGUUUGAGGAACUGGCGCAAGAUCCUUCCCGUGUUGCCGCCCUCGCCUUCCAGGACUCCGGACGCGGUUGGCCGCUUUUGCACUCUCUUUCAGGCUCCAGUUUCGAUCUCUUCUCGCUAGCGCUCACCUGUCCUGUCCGUCGCGUCGUCAUCAAUCCAUACGAGCCUCAUAGGGCGUGGCACGAGCCUCAGCGGGACAUCAUUGCGCGUACGCGUCCAAAGCGUGUCGACCUGACCACGAGCUGCGCGGACUACGCACGCCCGCUUCCGUCCGCGGGGCCGAAUUUGUUGGUGUACGACUCCGGUCCGACUCCUGGGGCAGUCACCCAUCUCGUCAUCGGGCUCUCGGUGUUCAUGUUCCGCCCGCCGCCCAAUGUCACCGCGAACAUACUGGUACGUGGUUCUCCCGUAUAUCGCUUGCUUCGACAGUACUCAGGCAGCGCUCCACAGGAAUCCAUCGCGCCCUUCUUGCAAGGUUCGCGCGUGGAAUAUGUCCAUCUAGCCAUCGCCGAAUACUUUGGGUGGGGAGAGAUCGACGAAGACGCGAUCGUGAACCCUAAUCCGGCUCGCAUCAGCGACAAGAACGCGUCCGUUGCGGCCUCCAUCGACAUUGCCCUCCUCGUUUCUGGGAUCGCGGCGACGGCACCCACGAUUCGCGCCGUCGUGCUCACGAUUUCGAUGCGGGAGCAAAGCGUAUGGGAGAUCCAGAGGCAAGAUGGGCACCUGAUGUCGAGGCGCCUGGAGCAGUUUGCGGGACGGAGGCUGGUGAGGGAAGAAGAGCGAUACAGGCCCUAG